UAAAUCAUAUUCCCAAGGCCUCUUACUCCCUCACAUUACAUGGUCCCAAUUCUGUCAGCUCUGAUGUUGACUGACCUCUCUAUUUAUUCCAACUCCAUUACUCCCUAAAACUGCAAAAACUCAUUUCAAUCUUCACCUUCUUAAAAAAAAAUGUCUCAUCAAGGAUUUCUAGUUCUUGGAAUUAUUCUCUGCAUGAUCUCUAAUGUUUAUGGUUAUCGUUAUGGCAACAAUUGGGGUUGGACUAAUGCACAUGCAACCUUCUAUGGUGGCAGUGAUGCUUCUGGCACAAUGGGUGGGGCAUGUGGAUAUGGAAACUUGUAUAGUCAAGGUUAUGGGACUAAUACAGCAGCACUUAGCACUGCAUUAUUCAACAAUGGUUUGAGUUGUGGUGCUUGCUAUCAAAUCAAAUGUGCUAAUGACCCAAAAUGGUGUCUUCAUGGCUCCAUUGUUGUUACUGCUACUAAUUUUUGUCCACCUGGUGGUUGGUGUGAUCCUCCUAAUCACCAUUUUGAUCUCUCUCAACCUGUUUUUCAACACAUUGCUCAAUAUAGAGCUGGUAUUGUUCCUGUUGUUUAUAGAAGGGUAAGUUGUAGAAGAAGAGGAGGAAUAAGGUUCACAAUUAAUGGCCAUUCUUAUUUCAACUUAGUUCUUGUGACUAAUGUUGGUGGUGCUGGUGAUGUGCAUUCUUUAUCCAUCAAAGGUUCAAGGACAAGAUGGCAAGCCAUGUCAAGAAAUUGGGGACAAAAUUGGCAGAGCAACUCUUACUUGAAUGGACAAAGUCUUUCAUUUCUAGUCACUACUGGUAAUGGUCAUAGUAUUGUGUCAUUUAAUGUUGCCCCACCUAGUUGGUCCUUUGGACAAACCUACACUGGAAGACAGUUCCUCUACUAACCAAACCCUUUAAAUGCAUUUUCCAUAUAUUGAGAGAAAAAAACCAAGCCAUAGUUAAAUAUUUUAAAAUAUCUCAAUUUAUAUAGCACCGACAUUUUAUAUUAAAAGUGUGUCUAGUAUUCGAUAGCAGUUGUCUGUAGCAUACUUAAGUAUAUGACAUAUGUUAUUAUUAAACAUAAACGAUACUUUAUAUUAAAAGUGUAUUUAGUAUCCAACAUCAUGUGUCAGUAGCAUAUUUAAGUAUAUGACACAUGUUUGUAGUAGCAUAUUUAAGUAUAUGACACGUGUUUGUAGUAGUAUAUUUAAGUAUAUGAUAUGUGUCCGUAUUGAACAUCAACGAUACUCUAUAUUAAAAGUGUGUCUAGUAUUCGACAUCAUGUCAUUAGCAUAUCUAAAUAUAUGAUACAUGUCGGUAUCGAAGAUCAACAUGUCACCGACAUGUAUAUGUGAAUUGCUUCUUCAAUAUAUGUCAAGUUUGAAGGGGGAAGGUACUUUUCUAUUUGAAAGAGCACCUUUACAAUGUUGUUAAGUAUAUUCUUCUUGUACUUGCAAGUUGAAACUAUUAUUGAAUGAGAAAGGCCUAUGCUUUAUUUGUGUAAUAAAAUUUAAAUGCAUUGCUUUA